UAUUCAUCAUGUCCCUUGAGAAGGUAUACCUCCCCGUUUUAGUGGCACUUGCCGCACUUCAAGUAGAUGCCGUCCCAAGUCGCAUUGUCAAUGGCCAGACAGCAGCCAACGGUGAAUUUCCGUAUAUGGUUUCCCUACGAUGGGUAUCGUCAUCCUCGCACACGUGUGGCGGAAGUAUAGUGACCCAAUAUCACGUGGUCACAGCAGCGCACUGUGUUAACAACACCCUGCCAAGCGCGAUGUUCGUAGUAACCGGUCACACGUCGAACACCGGUGGUGGUCGUGUCAGCUACUUGGAAGACAUUAGGGUUCAUCCACAAUAUUCAUUACCAUUUUGGAUGAAUGACAUAGCCGUUCUCAAAUUGCGAACACCAAUUAUUUUUGGUGCGACCGAGCAGCCAAUACCAAUAGCCAUUUCGAAUACUGGAGUAGAGGAGUGUAUAGUUUCCGGUUGGGGUCGAGCCCACUUUCCCUCUUUGGGACUACCUGGUGACCUACAAAAAGCGAACUUGAACACUAUGACGAUUCAGGAAUGCAUGAGUUACUGGUCGCCUUCGAGUAUCGUUAACGGUUCCUUGUGCGCCUUGAAUUCGGUCGGAAUCGCCGUGUGUUCGGGUGACUCUGGUGGUCCUCUCGUUUGCAAUGGUCAUCUUGCUGGGGUUGUGUCCUGGGGAAAUCCUUGUGCCAAUGGACUACCCGAUGUUUUUGCCAGAGUUUAUCACUUCCGUGAUUGGCUGAUUGAAAAUACGAACGAUCUUUUUUCGAGCGAUACCUUCGACGAGAAGGACGAUCCCGCUUACUUGGAGCUGAAUUCUCUUAGCAAAGUUCAGUCUAUCGCGAUGUACACGGCAGCCGUCUUCAUAUUAUUCGCAAUUGCCCUGACAGGCAGCCACGGCAAUUCGCUAUCCAGAAUUGUCAAUGGCAGUCCAGGAGUCUCGGGUCAAUUUCCAUAUCUGGUGUCGCUGCGACGUAGCUCGACGUCGUCGCAUUUCUGCGGUGGAAAUCUGGUGACGAGGCAGCACGUCGUCACCGCGACGCAUUGCGUCAACGGUAUGACGCCCAACGACUUAUUCGUUGUGACCGGAAGUAUUUCGAAUGCCAAAGGUGGUGAAACUCAUGGGGUGGCAGACAUACGCGUUCAUGCCGAUUACGUUGGCCAGUCAAAUUAUUGGCUUGACGAUGUUGCCGUUGUCAAACUGGCAGCACCUGUCACCCUGAAUGCUGUCACUCAGGUGUUGCCGCUGCCAACGAGAACUGUCCCCGGUAGCGAGCCUUGCGUAAUGGCCGGAUGGGGACGCGCGCACUAUCCCUCUUUGGGGCUGCCAGGAGAAGUACAGACUUUGGUCCAGAAUACUCUGUCAGUUAGUAACUGUCGGCUCAUAUGGGGUUUCAAUAUUAGAGACAAUCAUCUUUGUGCACUUUCUCGACGUGGCGAAGGAAUUUGCAGUGGCGAUUCCGGAAGUCCGUUGGUAUGCGGUGGUGAGCAUCAUGGCAUCGCUUCCUGGGUGAAUCCCUGCGCGAAUGGAUUGCCGGAUGCCUUUGUCAGAGUUUCUCUUUAUGUUGAUUGGAUCAAGGAACGAAUCGCCGAUGUUGAUAAUUGAAAAUCCUGAGAGGGGUUUACACUGUUUUCUGCUUCUUUGGAAAAUAAAAGAGAAUAAAGAGUAUAUGAGGGCAUUA